CGAUAAGUAGCUACUUUCACUUUGCUCACUUUGCUAAUACCUAUUUGUCAGAGCCUUUGUGGCGCGGCGUUCCGUGGUGGGCUCGAGCCUGCCCAAGUCGGCUUCGAGCUCGCGCCUCGAGCCACCAAGUUCCUCUCAUCCGCUAUCGAGAAAUGGUGGAUAUUCCAAAGCCGCGGCUUUAGCGAUGAGUGAAGUGUGGGAUAACACAUGCCUUGGGGGUCCGAGUGUUUCCCAUGUGUACUGUUGGCAUCCAACGUUAUCGGCCUGAUCUUCCCAGUCAUUUCCCGGCAAUAAAGAGUAGAGCCAAUGGAUAUAUACGACAGCGUUUCCUUGGACAAGCCCUGGAACCUCGCACGCUUCGCUCACGAGUACUCUGCCUCUUCGACCUCGACCUUGCAUAGAAAGCCCGCGCGUGACACGAUCCUCCAGUUAGCCCGGAACUCCCGAGACAUGUCUGGACGUCGCCCAAACACGACUCGCAGGACGCAAGAUGAUGACAAAGUCAUCAUACUCGAAUUGAAAUCGCCAAUCCACGUUGAUCGCUUUACACAGCCCAACGAUUCAAGGGUAAAGGUUGCCGCAGAGAUUGCUGCCGAUGCACUAUUCGACCCCGUGCGUGGUAUCAUCUCAUGCCUCGGCUGCAGUGGAGAUCAAGAAAUUUUCAAGAAACUCCACCUUGCUCUCGCACGAGGUACUGCCAAGGGUGCACACCUGUUUAUAGCGAUUGAUGAUCGAACGGGCCACGUCAUCGGAACCAUUUCUGCCUAUGCGCCCGGGACAUCUAUUAUGGGACAUGAUGAACAACAGGGAGAGGGGUUUGCUGACUUCCUCAAGGAACUCCCUCCGAACCUGAGAUUCUUUUGGGAAGUAACCGCUCCGAAUAUCCUCGCUGGCCUCGACAGUCUCAUAGACAAGAAACUUGGGACUACUGGAGGGAAGCUACCAGCCUGGGCCGUCAACAGCUUCGCCGUAAAGCCCGACUGGAGACUCAAAAAGGUCGGAAAGACUCUGUUGAAAGCUGUCGAGGAUGAGGUGAGGCGAGAUGAACCCGACCCGACCAAAAGGAUGCCGAUUCUAUGCGAGGCAUCUAACAAAACGAAUAUCAAGAUUGCUAAAGCCUUGGGGUUUGACGAGCUGAUAACUGUGAAGCCCGAGUUCCCACAAGUGCUCCUUCCGGAGUUCACCAUUCUCCGCAAGAAUGUCAGCGGUUAGAAAAGAAGGUAGAGACGCUUGGACGUCGCGCAGAUCGUUUGCGUAUAUAGCUGUGGUAUACAAACUCUUCUUUUGACUUGUUACGUCCUUUGUGCGCGUGCGGUUUUAAAUGAUAAUCGAGAGAAUCUAGGAGUAUUCACC